AGUAGAUGACGCUAUUUGACAACCCCUGCUGAAGGGGUAUUUUUCUUCCAUUACUUGGAAAAAAGGAAAGGAAGACCCACUCAAGAAAACGCUUCAGGUGGGGGAGGUUGGAAUAGCGUCUUGAAUUAAAAUCGCGGUAAAAAUUGUGCUAAAGCUGAUAAACUGAUGAGAAAUGUUUCUGGCGGAAUAAAACAUUGAACGGCGUUUCGCAUAACAACGGUGAAAUAGAAUAAGUGUGAUCAAUUCUGGUGUCCGUAAAUCCGUGCGUUGCCCAACGGUGGCAAAUCUUACAAACAUGAAUCCACAGCAGUUUUCGCUACGGUGGAAUAAUUACACCUCCUACAUAGCCGGAGCAUUUGACUCACUCCGCUAUGAAGAAGACUUCGUCGAUGUGACGUUGUGCUGCGAAGGGCGCAAGAUACGCGCUCAUAAAAUAUUGCUCUCCGCUUGCAGUCCAUACUUCAAGGACGUAUUCAAGGAGAAUCCAUGCCAGCACCCGGUCAUUAUUUUCAAAAAUGUGCGCUACACGGACCUGAUGUCGUUGGUCGAGUUUAUGUACCAGGGUGAAGUGAGCGUGCCGCAGGAACAGCUACCCUCCUUCCUUCAUACGGCCGAGAUACUGGCGAUCCGGGGGCUCACGGACAAUACGACAGAUUCGCGCCAGCAAACGAACACGACUACGUCCGCUAUCGCACAGCAGCUGAUACAGAGCCAAGCCGUACUGGACAAAUCUGCCACGAUCACAACGACCGACUCCCUGUAUCUCACUUUGCCAUCAAAUUCGACCAUAGUCCAUCAACCGAAGCUUGUACAAGCACAGAUACAGACCACACCGAUCAUCACCAAACCACUGAUCAAACCAUCACCGCCCGAAAUGCCCGCCUUGACCGCUUCUACCACCACCAUGGCUGUACCGAUCACGCAACAACAGCAGCAACCAACAAUUGCUAAAAUUCAGGUACAAGCAUCGACGCACCAACAGCAACAGCAACAGGUUCAAGUGCAGGUGCAGCAAGUAGCCGUACAGCAAGUGCAGCAAACGCAGCAGUCACAACAGAACCAGCAGCAGACAACAUCUCAGGUGCAGUCACAGCCACAGCACCAAACUACGCAGGCUACUACCUUGCAGGAGGUGGUAGACAAUGUCGUCCAGCCGAGAAAGAAAAAGAUCAAGGGACAACAGAUCAUAACGUCGCAGCCAAACUCAUCUGUUCCUUCUGCCUCGACGGUAACAGUUACAACCACCAGUUCGGGACAAUCGGGCGAAAACGAAAUGUAUGAGACAGACACCUACACCAUCACUACGAAAGAUGCACGAGAAGAACAAGAACAUGAACAGUACACAGAAAACGGCCAAUCGGGUGCUACGCUAAAGAUGGAAAUUCCGGAGUUUAUCAGCGUCGGCGAGCCGAUUAAUUCUGGUAACGGCACAAAUAAUACGUUCCUCCAAGAAAGCUACGAACUUGUUUCGGAAAACAUAGAAGAAAAGGAUGACGACGAAGAUAUGGCGCAGGACAAUAUUGAGAUCGAAGGCUCGGAAAUGGAUAUGAGUCGUAUUUUCCAAGGAUCAACCGAUGAGCAGACGAAAUCAAACAUUUUGCAAGAAGUGUUUGAGCAAAAAAUGAAACCCAAAAAAUACAAGUGCAAAGAUUGCGACAAAAGCUUCGCCGCCUGGAAAUCGCUCACGAUGCAUCAGCAUAUACACAGGGGCCUCACGAAAUGCACUAUCUGCGGGGCGAUCUUGUCACGCACGGCCAAUCUCAAGCGACACAUGAAGCUGAAACACGAGAAAAUCAUGCCAUAGAUGGCUCGCAUUGAGUCGUAACCCCGGAGGGGGGUUACAUCGCUUGGUACUUGCCUCACGUUCGUGACUAACGCGAGCUCUCAUCAUCGCGAGUGUGUAUUAUCUAAUAAUGUCAGGUAUUGUAUAUAAAAAAGGUUUAGGCUAAACAUGUGCAGCCGUUGCCAGAUUCCAGGCGAGGUUAGGCCAGAAAAGGUUAAAGCGAUAUCCUAACCGUUUAACCUUCCGUACUGUUGAUCAGAGUCUACAAUUUAAUCAAUGGCAGGGUUCGGAAAUGCCAUUCGGUAACCACUUACUGCGAACUUGUAAGCCAUUUGGUACAGUAUGGUAAAAAAAAUCCUGCUUAUUGAUCCUAGAUGAAUGUUUUUUUUGGCUCGUUAUGUUUUUUUAUAACAAAAGCAUGACAUUACAAUGGCACUUUAACUGCUGCUACUUACGGCUCAUAGUUCUGUUUCUUUGCUGUCAAAUUCAAUGUAUAAAAGCAUUUGCUUUGUGCACACAUUUUGAUAGGGAAACGAAGUAGCAAAAUGCGUUAUGCGUUAUGCGUUAUGUACUAGUUGUUUGCAUUAGUUUUGAUAAUUUUAACAUCAUUUAGAUGGAUGUUGUUUUACUACACUCGUACGAAACUGUUUCCAUUCGUAUGCUAACUCCGAUCAAAUUGUUUGUAGUGAAUUAUGCUGAUUAAUUCAUUUAUUGUAAUUACUUAACUAUUGGUUCAAUAAAUUUUCUUUGUACCUAUUUGGGCCAUUUUGAUUGCGCCCUGACAGUAAAUCAAACACUUUUUUUAACCGUUGAAAUUAUUACCAAAAAAUGGUAUUUGGACCCUUAUAAGCAUGCAAUAUGGGUGAGAUGGUUUGUUGUUGUAGAUGCUUUCAAAUGAAACAAUCAAUUGCGUUUGAUAACGUGUUGGAACUAAUAUUUUGAUAGUUACCAAAAGAUUGUACUUCGUCUUGGCGUAACGAUCUACCCUACUGGGUAAAUUUGAACCUGGAAAAGCAAACAAAAAAUCCGGCAAAAUCCGAAUGGGAAUCCGACAUUGCUGCCACCGCCCAGUCUCCCGUAAAUUUGUACUACUUUAUUUUAAUUUGAUGGAAAUUUAAUUGAAUAUUAUUCAAGCCCCCCUCAAAAAAAGCAUUCUUCACAUCGAAAUUGCUCAUGUUGAACAAAACCCCCAAAUGCGUCAAAAUUAGUGCAAGAACUUAAUGCAUACCCCGCAAAGAUUCAUAUUUGUAUCUUAUGGUUGAAAGUAAGAAAAUAUUAUUUUAAAAUGAUUUUAGCAACAUGAUAAACAUUAAUUGUAACUAUAAAACAGCAUAAACAUGAACAUAAAGAAAGGAAGAGGAGAUAAAAAGGGAGAGUAGCAACACACUUUAACUCAUCUGUGCAGAUAUCAAAACAUUAGGACUUUUUUUUAAAACAAAAUGGCGGAAACCACCCAUUCCCAUUUCAUACAACAAAAAUGAAAAAAACCAACAGAAGAGUAAAUAUAAUAGUAAAUAAGUAAUUUUAAGGAAACAUUAUAAAACAAAAAUCUUGACUAUAUUGCGGAGAGUGGAUAUUUCAGAACCCGGACAAAAUGAUUUUGCAACCUUUACAUUUUACGCACGAUGCGUUUAUGUGAAAGUAUGUGUGAGGCUCAAACAUAAACGAGUAAGCAACAAACUUGACCGUUUAAAAGAAAUCUUAACAUGCGUGCCGUAUGAAUGGAAAGCAAACAUUUAAUUGUUUGCUUGCAUGUUCUCAAUUGUUUUGACAUACCAAAUUCAAUCGAGUGAUUUUUUUCUGAAGGAAAAAAUUGAUGCAUCAUUGCAGUGUUCAGUUUGAUGUUGUACUUAUAGUUUAAAUUUAUAUAAAAAAAUAUUAAGUGCAUGCGAGAAAACAAUAAAAUAACAGAAAGAGAGAGAAGAAAGUGGAAAGGGACAGUGCUAAAAAUAUGUUUUAGGAAUUUGUUUUAUAACUUUGACCAUUAAAAAGCAAGCAAAUUCGUUACUGUCCACGCAAUUCAGAAUUAAGUGUUUAGUCACAAUUUAAAAGCAAAAAAUAAUAGAUAAAUAAUGGAUAUAUUUCACAAUAGUUUUUGUUUUCCUUUCAUUUGUUUUUUUUUUUGGCAAUUUUGGAUUAGGUUGAUCGAAUGAUAUUCGAUGUGUUAGAUCGCAGCACGUUACGAAGGAACUGCCGCAACAAAAUUUCGUUGUAAAUUAACGGUUUAGAGCGUAAUAAAUUCCUCCAGCAUGCUUGUUUCUAUUAAUUUUUUUUUCCUAGCAUUCUUUCGAAGGUUGCGAAAAAUGAAGCCUUUCGUGCUGAUAUUGUAACAGUUCGAAUUCGAAUAUUCCACGAUAACCCGUGUGGAUGUUGAAUAUUACACACUCUCAAUAAUACAUUGAUUUCUCUUUUAGUUUUUUUGACAGUUAUUUUGACAUAAAUGACAGAUUUUUUAAAAACCAUAAUUAAAUUUCUAAUUAGAUCAGGUUUGAAAUUCAGCGCGGUAUUUAUUUUGUUUUACAGAAAAAAGGAGUUUGUUGUCAAUUCUAGCCGCUUAUUGGAUCUGAUUUAUACUGUUUUGUUCUACACAUAAUAAACUAUUUUCUGUAUCAAUUUUAUCUAACUCAAAUUUGUGUCCUUAUUCACUGGUCACAGCAGAGGCUAGUAGGUUCUUGUCUUUAAAAUAACUAAAAAAUAUAUAAAGUUUAAUUUAAAGUUUUAUUCGAAUAAUACUUGGGUUGAAGAAAAGAGAAUUAUUUAAAAAAAUAAUACAACUUAUUGAUUUUUUCCCAAUAGUCUGGAUGUAUCGCUUUGCUAUAAAAUAAAAUAAGAAAAGAAUUACAAUUGUACAACUAUCAGGAAGCAAACGCUGUUCAACAUAUGAACUUCUUUCUGGGUCAAUGUAGCAAUUGUAUCUUUUGUAUAGUACAAUUCUUUUGUCUCAUCAAAGCAAUUCGCUUAAUAAGGAAAACGUUUGCAAACUUUAUAGGCAAUGCAUGAUGGAAUCUGACGGAACAGUGUGUGUUUCAAGUUUUGUUUCUCUGGCUGAAGGUUUUAUAAACUAAACCCCUGUGUUUGUGUGCACUUAACUUAACGCGUAUGUGGAAAAAGAAAUUGAUUUCCAAUUCUUUACCAUUUUUGAUAAAGGCUCACAUAAAUGAAAAUAUUGAAUGUACGCUUUACGCAUCCGGUGCCCCGGAGUGUAAAUAAAGAUCGAACAAAAACCAAAAA